GCCUUACUUAUAAUAAUUCACUAAUCAACAGCUAAGCAACUAAUUAACUAAUAACUCAUUAACUCCUUAAUUAUCAAUUAACUAUUUCUUACUUAUAAACACUGUUUACACGUCACUUAACUAAGCAAUGGUUAAAUAACGUUUUUAUUUUAUACGCUGCCAAUACCAAACGUAAAGCUAAAUUGUGAUGGUAAAAUUCCUGUUAUCCAAAGAGAAAUUAAAAAAUCAUAACGUCAAAAUUCUAAAUUGUGUCAAAUAUUGUCAAAAGAGUGGUAAUUUCAAAUUUUUUGGUGUUGUAUAAAUAUACAGCGGUGUGGUGUUUUUGUUGUGUUAGUGAUAUAAUGGAAUUGAAAUCCGCUAAGAAAAGGGCCCGAUCUUCAAACUGGGAUGAAGAAGAAAAGAGAAUCUUAAGACAACUUAUAAUGGAGAAAAUUGAUAUUAUAGAAAAAAAAGACACUACUACAAAUACCAAUGCAAAGAAAAAAGCUGCUUGGCAAGAAAUAUUGUCUAGUUUUAAUAGCCUUAAUAAAAAGCCCAGGGAUAUGACACAAAUUGUCACCCAGUGGCGUAAUACAAAAGGCCUAGUUAAAACUAGAGAGUCGGAGUAUCGGCGGGCCAGGCAGAUGACUGGUGGAGGACCUCCACCACCAAGUCCGCCACAAGAAGAUCUCGAACUAAUUCAGUCAUUGCCUAAUGAGUUUGUGAUUGACAGUAAUGUUUUUGAUAGUGAUAGCAUAUUUAUAGAAACAAUAAAACAGCCACAGUCAACAGCAACUGAAAAGAUGAUGUCAGAAUCUGGGUUAGCCACCACAGAAAUAGCAAUUAUUGUAGAUUCUGAGAAAUCAACUCAGUUAUCUAAUACUCCUGAUGUGGAAGAAAAUCCAAUUUUAUCAACACCACUAGCAGCAACAAAAGUAGAGAAACACACAAUAAAAAGGGAAUUAGCCUAAACACAAACCUAAACAAAAUAACAAGAUUGCUGAUAAUUAUGAGGAACAAUUAUUUCUACUCACAAAGAAGUGCAAAGAAAAUAAAGAAAAAAGGGAGGAUGAAUUGCAUAAGAAAAGAAUGGCAAUUUUGGAUCUAGAACAGAAAUAUUGAG